AUGCUUGCAGAAGAAGAUAAGAAUGCUGAGGAGAAAUCCCCCUUAGAUGUGCUGAAACGAGCUACCAUUAAGAAAAGUAAAAACGAUCUCAUCCAUGCAGAAGAGGGCGAAGAUCACUUUAACGAUAUCUGCUCUGUAGGAUCCCCCUUUGCCCGGUCAAGCUUGAAAAGUGGAAAAAACGAGAGCUCGUCUUACCUCCGCCGCAAAGAAAAGAUGUUCCGGUUUUUCAUCCGCCGUAUGGUUAAGGCACAGAGUUUUUACUGGUUUGUACUGUGUGUUGUGGCAUUGAACACACUUUGUGUUGCCAUUGUACACUACAACCAGCCGGCGUGGCUCACCAAAGCCCUGUAUUUUGCAGAGUUUGUUUUCCUAGGUCUCUUUCUAACAGAAAUGUCCCUGAAGAUGUAUGGUCUCGGUCCUCGAAACUACUUUCACUCAUCUUUUAAUUGUUUCGAUUUUGGGGUUAUAGUGGGUAGUAUUUUCGAGGUGAUUUGGGCAGCAGUAAAACCAGGAACCUCUUUCGGGAUCAGUGUGCUUCGAGCUCUGCGGCUUCUCCGUAUUUUCAAAGUCACAAAGUACUGGAACUCCUUGAGAAAUUUGGUGGUGUCCUUGCUGAACUCCAUGAAGUCAAUCGUUAGUCUUUUGUUCCUUCUUUUCCUCUUCAUCGUGGUCUUCGCGCUUUUGGGGAUGCAGCUUUUUGGAGGACAAUUUUACUUUGAAGAGGAAACAAGAAACACAAAUUUUGACACCUUCCCCACUGCCAUCUUGACC